CUCCAUUUCUUCUAGUACUAUAUACUGUAUACUCAUCACCCAUAUAUAUUUACCAUGAAGAAGCUAGGUGGAUUCAUGUGCCACUCUGCUGCCACCACCGCAGUCUGCAUCCCCUCCGAUCCCCGCUCCACCGUUGUGUCAAGAAGGCUGGCUAGACCCGACUAUGCUAAUAAUAAUCAUGCCAAUAAUGGCAACCGUAGUGCGAGGUUUGUGAGCAAUAAUACUGUGAAGUACUCGAAGCUUGUCGAAUCAUCUCCUAGUUUGAGUGUUCGGAGCGAGGGAAAGCAUAUCAAUUUGAAGAAACCGGCCAUGCCGGUUAUGCUUUCUUCACCAGCGGAGAAUAAUAACGUCUUCCAUGUGGUGGUUAUGAGGGUGGCGCUUCACUGUCAAGGCUGUGCUAGUAAAGUUAAGAGACAUCUCUCGAGAAUGGAAGGAGUGACGUCAUUCAGCAUAGAUCUUGAGGCGAAGAGGGUGACUGUGAUGGGACAUAUUUCACCGCUGGGUGUAUUACAAAGCAUUUCCAAGGUCAAGAGAGCUGAGUUAUGGGCAACCCAAGCUUAGACAUCAUCAUUAUUCACUUUUAUUAUUACAUAUAACCAUCACUAUGAGGGAAAAGAAAGAUACCCAAAAUGGCACUCCAAAAGAAAGAAUAACCCAAUUUUAAUGUAAUUUCAUCACUGCUUUCUAUUAGAGUUGUAUAAGAGUGGGUUGAAUUUUCGAUUUGGUUGUCAAAAUUCCUCUAAAACGGCCCGGCCCAACCCAACCCAACCCCCGCUUAAAACCCUAGACUCUAUUUAAAGAGUUUGGCGAAUGUUGGCGCAGCCCCGCUAGGGUAUGAACAACUUCAAUCCUUUUCGUUCUUUUCUUUUUUUUUUUCUUCUACGGUUUAAUCUGACUAAUCUUCUAUGUUAUUCGUCUUUCCUAAUAUCUGUUAUCUUUAACCUAUUCGUACUUUGUUCUUUCUGCAUUUUCGUUUCGAUUUAUGAGUUUCAAGUUCUGAAGAAUGAAAUGAUGAGCUUUUUUUAUUUGCUUUGAUUGCCGUGAUGAUGGCAACAUUAGUAUUAGCUCUAGCUGAUCAUUCUUUCAGCGAUUGAUUUAUUUUGUUUCUCUUUCGUAUUGGUUUUCCUUUCAGUUCGAACUUGUUUUAAAUUGUACUUUUUAAGAAUGAUGUGAGGAACAUUUUUGUUUUGAUUGCUGUGAUGAUGGCAAUUUUUGUAUUAGCUCUAUCUGAUCAUUCUUUUAUCUCCCUUCUUUUUUUAUUUUGAAAUUCAGGAUGUUUUGUCUUAACUUUGUAUUUCUCUUGCUGAGCUGUUUUGUUUUGAUUUUCUUGGUCUUGUUUUACAGAAUCAUAACUUUCGUAUUGGAUUUCCAUUCAGUUUAUUUGUUUUUGGUUCAAGCAAUCAAGAAUGAAAUGAGGAACAUAGGUGAUUUUGAUUGCUGUUAUGAUGGCAAUUAUUGUAUUAGCUCUAUCUGAUCAUUCUUCAUACUAUUUGGAAUACACUUUAUACAUUUUUUAGUUUAAAAGAAAAUCAUUUUUAGAAAAAAUUAACCUUUGAAGUGCAUUUUCUUUUUAUACCUGUGGUAAAACCUAACCCACAUUUUAAUUUCUUUCGAUACAUUUCACUCUCUGCCAUGAGUCAUACCUUGAAGUUCUAUAUCUUUUCAUCUACACAUGAAUGAAAGUCGCUUUUGUAGUUCAAUUCACAUUCUAUGACUUUAUUUAAAGUUCAUGACUUUGACCAAGCAAUCCUUGUGAAACAUCCCUCAACACAACUUUGAGGAUAAUGAGCUUUUAAUUUGUUAACUAAUAUGACAACUCUAACUUCCAUCAAGCAUACUUAAGCAAAAUUUUUGGGACAAAGUAGGUUGAAAAGAUUGUCAGUAUUGAAUUUAGAUUUCGAAUCACAGAGUUUGGACAUUAUAAUUUAGCUCUAGAGCUUAGAUUUAAGAAUGGAUUAUUUUACAAAUUGACUGAGUUGUUCUGUUGAGUAUACUAACAUUAUAGUUAGUUUAGUUUUAAUUUUCAGAAGGCAACAACUAUAAUAUCUAGUUUUACUCCUCUCUCCCUAAAAUCCACCUCAGAUUUACAUUUUGCUCCUGAUUCAUACCUGCUGCAAGCCCUUAUACUUGAGUAUGAUUAACAAUGGCUUGACGCCCACUGUCUUCGUGAUCAAUUGGUUUUGGUUUGAGAACUUGUCCAAGUUCAUCGAGCAACUUGAAAUCAUUUGUGAAUAAGAAGAUUUCUAAAGAUAUCAAUUGGUUUUGGUUUGAGAACUUGUCCAAGUUCAUCGAGCAACUUGAAAUCAUUUGUGAAUAAGAAGAUUUCUAAAGAUAUAAAAGUAUGAUGAAGUUGUUGUUUAUAAA